AUGGAGAUCUCGCCGAUCGAUGAUCACCGAGUGUUGCGAGCUGUGCAAUCCUUGUGCCCUGCGGGGACCUUUCGUUUUGGGAGUCGUUCUGCCCAGGACGAGAGAUACGCCAAGAGAGUUUAUCACGCUCCCAGGCUGACUGCGAGAAUACGGUGUCUCCAGACGGUGACACGCACCAGGCACGAUUCCGAGUCCAUCGAGGAGGUGGACGUUGAAGUGAUGCCGAGCAAGAAGUUUUCAAAGUGGAGAUCGUCCUUGUCCGAGGGCAGGGCGACAGAGUACGGCUGGGCUUUUUCUUUCAGGAGCUGUGUCGUCUGA